AAAUUUUCAUAACUACACAGACAGCAUUUCCUUCAGAAGUGCAUCGUCUAGCAAAGACAAUCUGCCGUAUUUAUUUUAAGCCUUAUUUUAUUUCGCUGUGAAGGAUUACAAACAAAGAAACCACAUUAGGAGUUACGACAAAAAAAGAGAGAUUUUCUCUCAGCAUGAUGGAGAUCGAACUGCCUAAAAUGCAUCCAAGCCAACAGGAUAUGGAUCUGAUAGAUAUCCUGUGGAGGCAGGACGUGGAUCUGGGAGCAGGGAGAGAAGUGUUCGAUUUCAGCUACAGACAGAAGGAGGUGGAGUUGCGGCGCCAGCGCGAGAAGGAAGAGGAGAAGCAGCAGCAGCGUCUGCGGGAGCAGGAGAAAGCGCUGCUCGCCCAACUCCAGCUGGACGAGGAGACCGGAGAGUUUGUGCCUCGGAGCGCCCCGCUGACGCAGGCCGGCAGCACCAACGCCGAAAUCGCACAGAAUGGAGCUUUCGCAGAACAGGACGGUGAUGCCAUGUCAUUUGAUGAGUGCAUGCAGCUCCUGGCUGAGACUUUUCCACUAGAUGAGCCAGCUGAGUCAGCGCCGCCUUGCCUGGAUGCCUCCGUUCCACCUUCCACAGAUCUUAUGAUGCCUCCAGACAUCCCAGCCUUUACCCAGAAUCCUUUGAUGCAAGGCUCUCUGGAUCAAGCCUGGAUGGAGUUGCUCUCACUUCCAGAGUUGCAGCAGUGCCUCAACAUGCAGAUGCAGGAGUCGUUGGAUAUGAAUGGAUUUAUGAAACCCUCCGCAGAAGCACAAGACCCAAACUACAGCCAAUAUCUGCCGGGGAUGGACCCUCUCCCGUCUGUGCAGACAGAGGUGUGUCCUCCCGAAUACAUCAACACUUAUGAUGGAUCCUUCAACACUAUGGUGUCGCCCAACCUCAGCCAGAUGAGUCUGAACGUCCCCGAUGUGGGGGCCGAGUUCAGACCUGAAGAAUUCAAUGAGCUGUUUUAUCCCGAGAUGGAGGUUAAAGAGGACAGUGGCCCUGUUGCAUCCGACGGAGAAAACAUGGUCAGCCAACUGGCUGAGAUCUCUAGCGAUCCUCCUGUGAACCACAUGGAUCUGCACAGCUUCUCACCUGGAAGCUUCAGCUCAGGAAAACCAGAGCCUAUGUCCGAAUUCCCAGAUUCAGAUUCGGGCUUGUCGCUGGACGCCAGUCCUCACAUGAGCUCUCCUGGAAAGUCCUUGAACGGAGACGGAUCGUUCGGUUUCAGCGACUCCGACUCGGAAGAGAUGGACGGCAGUCCGGGAGGCAUGGAGUCAGAUUACACCGAGAUAUUCCCGCUGGUUUACCUCAGCGAUGGAGCGCAGGGAUCUCUCUCGGAGAAACCCCCAGGAGAAGCACAGGAGAUGAAAGCGAAGAACCCAAAGAUAGAGCCGGCGGAGGCCAGCGGCCACUCCAAACCUCCAUUUACCAAAGACAAGCAGAAGAAGCGCUCAGAGGCGCGGCUCUCCCGUGAUGAACAGAGAGCAAAAGCCUUGCAGAUCCCAUUUACUGUGGACAAGAUCAUCAAUCUGCCUGUGGAUGACUUCAACGAGAUGAUGUCCAAACACCAGCUGAGCGAGGCCCAGCUCGCCCUCGUCAGAGACAUCCGCCGGCGGGGCAAGAACAAGGUUGCUGCGCAGAACUGCCGCAAGAGAAAGCUGGAGAACAUUGUGGGCCUGGAGUACGAGCUGGACUCGCUCAAAGAGGAGAAGGAGCGUCUGAUGAAGGAGAAGAGCCAGCGCAGCACCAGUCUGAGAGAGAUGAAGAAGCAGUUGAGUACCUUGUACCAGGAGGUCUUCGGCAUGCUUCGAGACGAGCAGGGCAAGCCUUUCUCGCCCAACGAAUACUCCCUUCAGCACACUGCGGAUGGCACCGUUUUCCUCGUUCCUCGCCUUAAAAAGACUCUUGUGAAGAACAACUAGCUCUGUUCUUUCUCUUCUCUCUCCAUCCACACUUGCUUCUGUUUUUUGGUACUGCUUUUCUCUUGCUAACACCGUGUCCUGACCAGGCAUGACGCAAUGAAGCGACAAAGGCUCUUCCCACGUCCCACUAUGAAAACUACGUGUUACCAUACAUUAAACAUCAUCAAAUAUGUUUCUAUUUGGCACAAUUUAGUCGCAUGACUCCUGAAACUUGUCAUUUUGCGACUGGUCAAGACACGGUGUAGGUUUUGCGCAAAGGAAACAACUAAAUAGGAGCGUAUUUUGCUUAUACAUCCACUGUUGAAAUGGCAGAACUAUUAUAUACGUUUUGCGUAUUCUACUUUCCUAAUAUUCCUAACCUCCGUUGGAUUUUGUACUCCUUUAUAUUUUCUCUGAGAUUCUUUUACCUAUAUGGUUUGUAAAUACAUUUAUACUUUAUUUGCUAUUGAGAUAGGAACAAAUGUACUGUAUAUAAAAAAUAGAUCACGUUUUAGAAUGCUAAAGAUGGUUGUGAUCAUUUUAAGUCUGCACUUAUGUCAGUUUUUAUAUCUUAAUUUACUAUUCUAUUGCUAUUUUACCUCUUGACUUUAUGGCUUUAUAUAAUAAAUAAAUAUUUAAACCUG